UAACACCUUUCAAAAAUUAAUAAAAGGUGUCAACGAUAUUGUUUAAUACAAAAAUUAUGACUGUUUUGAAUGAAAAUGAGUUAAAUUCUGAGUUCAUAGCAGAAAACUAUGAAAACAUCAUUAAAUCUGUUGGAGAUAAGCGUGAAUACAAAGGACUGGUACUCAGGAAUGGCCUAAAGGUCCUACUAAUCAGUGAUGUGGAGGCAGAUAAGUCUGCGGCCGCACUGGACGUGGCGGUGGGCUCGAUGUCGGACCCCCGGGAUGUGCAAGGGUUGGCCCACUUCUUAGAGCACAUGCUAUUCUUAGGCACCGGUAAAUACCCCGUAGAAAACGAUUACGACAAAUACAUCGCAAGUAACGGCGGCUCAUAUAAUGCCUAUACGGCUGAGACUCAUACCAACUAUCACUUCGACAUAUCCACGGACUUCUUGGCCGGUGCUCUCGACAGAUUCGCGCAGUUCUUCAUUGAGCCGCUCUUCACAGAGAGUGCGACGGAAAGGGAGUUAAAUGCCGUCCACUCGGAGUACGAGAGGGAUAUACCGGAUGAUGAGUGGAGAGAUUAUCAGUUAGAGAAAUCUCUGUCCGAUCCCAACCAUGAUUACAACAAAUUUUCAAUUGGCGGUCCUCAACGACAGCAAAGUGCUCGCGACCAUAAGUCGUUUAUAGUACAGAAAUCAGCAAAACCCGUUUCCAAACUGAAAUGUAUACAAGAAUUGCAAGAAUUAGUGAUUCCUAUGUUCUCCGGAAUCAAAUGUAUACAAGAAUUGCAAGAAUUAGUGAUUCCUAUGUUCUCCGGAAUCAAGAAUAACAGUGCAAUCGCUCCCAAAUGGACUACUAAUCCAUUCACCACUGAAUGCCUACAAAAGCAAUGCUUUAUUGUUCCAAUUAAGGACAAUAGGAGUCUUGCCAUUAAGAUCCCAAUCCCCGAUAUGACCGCCCAUUACAAAUCCAAACCGUACGAAAUGAUUGAAGAACUUAUCGGACACGAAGGGCCGGGUAGUUUGCUAUCGGAGCUAAAAGCCCGCAAUUUGUGUACGACACUAACAGCUGGGGCAUCGACUCAUGGGCACCGGGGGUUCGCAUUCGCCGAGAUUAAUGUCGAUCUAACUGAACAGGCUAUGGAUAACAUCAAUAAUAUCAUUUCAUUGGUUUUCCAAUACAUUAAUUUACUUAAAAGAGAGGGUCCGAAGCAAUGGAUUUUUGAUGAAUUGAAACAAAUGCAAGAAAUUAAGUUCAGAUUUAAGGAAAAGGAGACACCCAUGGGUUAUGUGAUCGGCCUUUCCCGCGAUUUACAUGACUUCCCUUUUGAUGAGUGUCUAAGUGCUGAAUAUUUGUUGGAUGAGUUUAGACCCGAUUUGAUGACUGAUUUACUCAAUCACUUGACUCCGGAUCGCAUGCGAGUGACAGUUGUGUCCAAACAGUUCACCACAAUUGCAGACCAGACAGAGAAGUGGUUCUCAACUCAAUACACACAACAAGACAUUCCUAAGAAAAAGAUCAAGAAGUGGCUAAAUAUUGGAUUCAAUGAUAAGUUAGCACUUCCGCCGAAGAAUGACUUCAUUCCUUAUGAUUUCACUCUUAAGCCAAUCAAUGAUAACGUGAAACAAAUGCCACAAAUGAUUAGAAACACAGAGUUUUCUCGUGUUUGGCAUUUGCAGGACAAUCAAUACCGCACUCCAAAGGCUUACUAUAAAUUCAAACUAACCAAUCCACUCGUAUACGAUAACCCUAUGCACUGGAACGGCAGCUAUUUAUUCACACAAUUAUUUACGGACUCUAUUAAUGAAUAUUCAUAUUCAGCUGAGUUAGCAGGGUUAUACUACAACUUCGAUUAUACUGAAACUGGGCUUAAUCUAACAUUUGGCGGAUAUAACGAUAAAUUAAACUCAUUAAUGACCACUGUUUUGGAUAAAUUGAUUGCUUUUAAAGUGGAUCCAAAAAGGUUUAAUGUGGUUAAAGACAUUUAUAUCCGGAGUCUUAAAAGUUACCAAGCAUAUAAUAUACCUUAUUUACUCGACUAUUAUACGAAUCUGAAUAUCGUUGACCGGAAGUGGACUAAUGAGGAGCUAUUAGAGACAGCUAAUGAUAUUACAGUCAGCGAUGUAUCAGCACUGGUAGCCCAACUGCUGUCCCGUUUCCAUAUCGAGGCCUUAAUCCACGGAAACAUCGACUCGAGUGAAGCCAUAGAUGUUUGCGAUGUGUUUGAGUCGCGAUUCAAGUCAGCCCUCAAUACCAAACCCAUACCACUGUCGCAACACUUCCGCAAUCGUGUCGUCCAAUUGCCCGACGGAUCCGACCAUUACUUUGAGGCCANAAUACCAAACCCAUACCACUGUCGCAACACUUCCGCAAUCGUGUCGUCCAAUUGCCCGACGGAUCCGACCAUUACUUUGAGGCCACGAAUGGCAUCCAUAAGACAAAUGCAAUUCAACUCUACUUUCAAAUCGGAGACUAAACUACAGUUAGGUUACGCCGUGUCGACAUCCAAUCGGAUAAAUCAUAGUGUUUGGGGUCGGAAUUUAAAUGAUAUCCACUUUUUAGGCAUAAUUUUCACCAUUGAAUCCGAUUAUAAACCCAAUGAAUUGAAUGAAAGAAUCGAGGCUUUUAUACAAUGGGUUCACAAAUACAUUGAAGACAUGAGUGAUAAGGACUUUGAGACACAGAAACAGUCAGUCAUUACACAAAGACUUGAGAAACCGAAAAAACUCUCAAAAUAUUCUCAGAGACUUUGGUCUGAGAUAUCGUCCAAAGAGUAUGACUUCAAUAGGGAUGAGAUUGAAGUGAAAGCCAUCAAAGAGUUGACAAAACAGGAUAUCAUUGCCUUCUUUGAGAGACAUCUCUCCCACUCUUCAGCCACUCGUAAGAAACUGACGGUCAGUAUAAUCAGUGAAAACCCAAUUAAUAAAAAGCAUUUGAAUGAAGUGAAUGCGGAUCUAAUGCCGGCCCCAAAACUGCCGAAUUAA